CCGAUCCCCACCGGGGUCGCAGCCUAUCACAAGCGGAAGGUGCAGUGCACUAGGGAAUUGGACGCGUCGCCUCCCUCGCAGUCGACUGCUUAACCUGCUGCUUUUCCCGUGGAAUCCUUCUUUCUUCAAUCUCACGACCUCAAGUGCUUCUUGCUACUUACAACCUUUAUUCUAAUCGCAACUUCUAACACUCGUUUCACGGGAGUUGCUCUUUACUUCGGAUUCAAAGUAUUUUACUUGUUUACUUCGGCCCACCAGUCGCUAUAACAAUCGCUCAACUGUAAUUAUCAUAAACACCCACACGACCAUCAUGAAGACCUUUGCCAUUGCCGCCGUCCUUGCGGCCUCCGCUGCGGCCACCCCCGCGGCCACCCAGAAGCGGGCCAACAUCACCCCCGUCACUGUCAAGGGAAAUGCUUUCUUUGCUGGCAACGAGCGUUUCUACAUCCGCGGUGUCGACUACCAGCCCGGUGGCGCCUCCGAUGCGAAGGACCCCAUCGCCGACGAGGCUGGCUGCAAGCGCGACAUUGAGAAGUUCAAGGAGCUCGGCAUCAACACCGUCCGCAUCUACACUGUCGACAACAGCGCCAACCACGACGCGUGCAUGGGUCUCCUCGCCGAUGCCGGUAUCUACCUCGCUCUCGACCUGAACACCCCCAAGUACUCCAUCAACCGUGCCGAGCCCCAGAAGUCUUACAACAAGGUCUACCUCCAGAGCAUCUUCGCUACCGUCGAGAUGUUCGCAAAGUACGACAACACACUGUUGUUCUUCUCCGCCAACGAGGUCAUCAACGACGACAAGACCACCAACUGCGCUCCCUACGUCAAGGCUGUCACCCGUGACAUCAAGUCUUACAUGAACGCUCGCGGUCUCCGCAAGAUCCCCGUCGGUUACUCUGCCGCUGACGUCGAGAGCAACCGCUACGAGAUGGCCGACUACAUGAACUGCGGUGACGAUGCCGCCCGCAGCGAUUUCUUCGGUUUCAACGACUACUCCUGGUGCGACCCGUCUUCCUACACCGUCUCUGGUUGGGACCAGAAGGUCAAGAAGUUUGCCAACUACAGCAUCCCCAUUUUCCUCUCCGAGUACGGCUGCAACAAGGGUACCCGAAAGUUCGAGGAGGUCAAGUCGCUCUACAGCACCGACAUGACCGGCGUCUACUCCGGCGGUCUCGUCUACGAAUACUCCCAGGAAGACUCCAACUACGGUCUUGUCGAGAUCAACGGCGACUCCGUCAAGGAGCUUGCUGACUUCACCGCCCUCAAGGAUGCUUUCUCCGCCACCAAGAACCCCAGCGGCGACGGCGGCUACAAGUCCGACGGCCAGCCCGCAACCUGCCCCGACCAGUCCAAGACCUGGGACGUCACCAUGAAGAGCGACGAGCUCCCCGCUGUCCCCUCCGGUGCUCUCGACCUCAUGAAGAAGGGUGCUGGUGACGGCCCUGGUCUCGCUGGCUCCGGCUCCCAGCAGGCUGGUUCUUCCGACGAGAACCUCGCUCCUGCCAACUCUGGUGCUGUCACCUCAGGUGGCAAGGUUCCCACUGCCACUGGCGGCAGCAGCCCCUCUGGCUCCGAGGGCGCCGCUGCUUCCAUCCGCCCUGAGUUCAGCUUCGCUCCCCUCGUCUGCGGUGCCGUUGUCCUCGCCUCCUCGCUCUUCGGCGGUGCUCUUAUCUUGUAAGAGGAUCACCAGAGCUUUUGAGUGUGUUUUCUUUCCGCUUCAAUUUCUGAUACCACAUCUUGAGGUGGUCGGAUCGAUGUAAUGCAACGAACGACCCAGCGCGGGCAACGUUAUUGGGAAUAGAGUUGGUUCUGUUAUCCCAGUCGCAUUGGCUUUGAACUGCCUCUUGUGACGGGAGUUGGUCGAUCUUGUUGUCGGCCAGGCGUCUUUUUUUCUUGUUGUUCUCUUUGUUUGAAGUAUCUCAGUAUAUAUCAGGAAAUACAAACACAUUGAAAAAUUCA